AUGGGGACAAAGUUACGGAUGGAGAUGAGAAACCACCACAGCCUGCGGAGAGUGACAAGCAAUUUGGCGUUGCUGGAGCCUGAGCUCGAGGCCCAGCACCUGAGUACAGCCGGGACAAGUCCCAGCUGUACCCGUGGGGCCGCCGCCAUGGCCCUCAGGCUCCUGACUGACCAGAAGACUCACAGCCCAGAGCAGGAAAGGGUCUCCUCCUGGGCCACAAGUCCCACGGGGGAGCAGGAGGGCCAAACAUCCAAGGCCAGGGCUCCAGGCAGCCUGUGUGACAGUGGCGGCUCUGUCCUCUUUGCCCACAGGCUGCGCAGCCCCUGGGUGCCCUCGUGCCUCGGGCAGUCCCACGCACUGCAGGGCCGGCUGGCCAGGUCCUCACCCUCGCUCUGGGACAGCGCGUUGCAGGAUCAGAAGGGCGAGCUGCGCAAGCGGCUGUCCUACACGACGCACAAGCUGGAGAAGCUGGAGAGCGAGUUUGACUCCACGCGCCAGUACCUGGAGGUCGAGCUGCGGCGCGCACAGGAGGAGCUAGAGAAAGUCACGGAGAAGCUUCUCAAGAUUCAGAACAACUACCUGGCCCUGCAGAGGAUCAACCAGGAGCUGGAGGACAAGUUGUACCGCAUGGGCCAGCACUAUGAAGAGGAGAAGCGGGCCCUGAGCCACGAGAUUGUUGCCCUCAACAGCCACCUCCUGGAGGCCAAAGUGACCAUCAGCAAGCUGUCAGAGGACAACGAGCUCUAUAGGAAGGACUGCAAUCUAGCGGCCCAGCUGCUGCAGUGCAGCCACAACUACGGCAGGGUCCAUAAAGUGUCCGAGCUGCCCUUGGAGUUCCAGGAGCGCGUGAGCCUGCACUUGGAGCAGCACGGCUGCAGCCUGCCCUCACCGCUCUGCCACCCGGCCUAUGCCGACACCGUGCCCACCUGCGUCAUUGCCAAGGUGCUGGAGAAGCCCGACCCUGCCAGCCGGUCCACCCGGCUGUCAGACGCCGUGGCCCACGGUCUGGCCUACGGAGACAGGCUGGAGCCCCCAGGCCUUCGGUCUCCGUACGAGGGGGACAUCUACUGCAGUGACGCAGCCCUCUACUGCCCCGAAGAGCGGCGGCAUGGCCGGCGGCCCAGCGUGGACGCAUCCGUGAGCGAUGCGGGCUUCCUGCGGGCCGAGAACUCCAUCGACAGUGCAGCUGAGGAGGAGGAAGAGGAGGAGGCCGAGGCCGCAGCCUACCCUGCGGGCUUCCGGCGCGACACCUUCCCCAGCUACACCAGCUCGCUGCCCACGUCGAGCUCCUACUCCAGCUUCAGCGCCACGUCUGAGGAGAAGGAGCACACCCAGGCCAGCACGCUCACCGUCUCCCAGCGGGCCAUCUACCUGAACAGCCGUGACGAGCUCUUUGACCGCAAGCUAUCUGCCGCCGCUGCCUACGAGGGCAGCCCGCGCUUCGCCAAGGCCACGGCCGCGGUGGCCACACAGCUCGAGACCGAGGUGGGCCCAGCCUUCAAACGGACCAUGUCACCCUACCCCACCAAGCCCUUACGCUUCCCAGCCUCCCCGGGCCCCCAGCAGACCCUGAUGCCCCCCGACCUAUGGAGCCUGCAGACCAAUCCGGGGUCCGCCCGGCCGCCGGGCCAGUGGCACCCUGUGAGCGUGGAUGACGUUGGUGCCUACUCCUACCCGGCCGGCACCAGAAGCCGAGCCUCACCCUGCGGCUUCUCUGAAUGCUAUUACGGCCGCGGGGCCAGCUCGGGCAAGAAGGUAGAGCCCCGCGCCAGCCCCCUGUAUGCCACCUACAGGGCAGAUAGCUUCUCAGAGAGGGAUGACCUCUCCCAGGGCCACCUGGUUGAGCCCUGCUUCCUGCGUGCGGGUGGUGACCUCAGCCUGAGCUCUGGCCGCUCGGCUGGCCGGCUACCCAGCUACCGGCCCAGUGAGGGAGACAGGGAGCGGCUUGGGAUGAGGCUGUGUGGGGCAGGCAGCAGCCCCGAGCCCGAGCAUGGCCCAGGCUAUGGCAGUGAGCCCAGUGCCCACAGCUCCCGGGAUUCCCUGGAGCCCAGCUCUGUGGAGGCUUCUCCAGAGAUGCGCCCUGCGGCCCUCCUGAGCACCCAGCAGGCCUUCCUGCGGACUGGUGGCCCAGGGCUGAGCCGCAAGGACAGCCUCACAAAAGCCCAGCUGUAUGGCACUUUGCUCAACUGACCACCUGCCGCCGGC